AUGCCUAAUAUUGAAAAUCUCGAAAGAAAAUCUUUUAAAAGCCACGAAAACCUGCUAAAUGUUCGUCGGGGCGAAAUCCUCUACCGGGAAGACUUAAAAACUGGUUUUGGUUAUGCGAUAGUAGGAAUCUCUAUUGCUUUAGCUGUUACCGGAACUCUUUAUGUCGUUG